UUAAUUGAUUCAACCGACAACUUCAAAACAGUUUUCCGUGCGAAAUUUCAUAAUAAACCCCCAAUUUGAUCCCGCUUAAUAUUCCGGUAUCAAAGGCAGUAAAGGAACGUAACAGAUAAGAAAAUCAAGACUCUAUGGACGAGCCACGAAGUCUAGAAACUCAAGAACUUCUAGACGAAUCGAAAAGGCAGACACGUCCUUUCCAUUUGAGACUUCGAAGGAUGUGGAGUUCCGGAAGUUCCAGGUACAGUUCGUGUCCGAAUUCUCCUAGUCCUUUAACGCCCCCAAAAAGUUCUUCGUCAACAUCGAGCGGGUUCAGUAGUUAUUUAUUUGACGAAGAAGCUAUCAACAAAGUGAAGAGAUUUGGAUCUCUAUCAGACAGCUUAAGUCCAUGUUCGCUUGAUAGUCCCCUGUGUAUUACGGAAAAGAAACGGAAAAAAACUAAAUCUGAACUAAGAUUUUUUGGUCGUAGUUCAAGUCCUCAAUCUCCCAAGAGUCCCUUGUCCUCUACAGAGAAACAAGCAAAUGAGGACAAAUUAAAUACCAGGAGGCAACAUCAAAGCACAGCCACCAACUCGGGCAACACCACUUGGCACGGGAGUCCCUUAGGCGGUGGUGGCACGACCGUAGAGUCGCAAGAUGAUCAGCAUGUCCUCAAACCAACACCGGAUCGACUCAAAGGCACCACGUGCGAUCUGUUUGAGUUGCUGGAGAAGGCCCAGCGAUCCAGGUUAGAUGACCAGAGAUGCGUCAUGCCUUCGACAUUUAACCAGCCGCCGCCAACGCAACGCCAGUUUAGUUCAAGCGCUCUUCUCGACAAAAACCAGCACCAGCAAGAACCGAAAGAUGACCUUCGAUUGUCCUACAACAACAACAUUAAAAUAUCCCCAACGAUAAAUACUCAGCCGCCAGGUGGCGCGACACCACCGUCGUCACCACAGCAGCCGGCCCAAUCGAGACGCUUGCUUCAAGAGACUCUUGGACGGGGAAGUCCCUAUCCCAUGAUAGCUGGACCUCCCAAGGGUUACUGGGUGGACGGAACGGAUCACGAUGAGCAAUUUGAUCACAGAGGGGUGCCGGUAGUUCCGCACCAGAGUUGGAGAGCGAAGAUUGAGACUGACGAUACCGGGAAGUGUUACAGGCGAUUUUUUGUUGGAAGGGAACAUUCUAACCUGAUCGGCACCGACGAAAACCUAGGCCCAGUAUUGCUAUCUUUCAAAACUGAAAACGUGGCUCAACAGGAACACACGAGGAUCCUGCUCAGAUUGAGGCCCGGUACCAAGCACGAAAUCGUACCAUCGGCGUACCUUGGCCCAAAUCCAGGACCAGCAAGGAUGGCCAAGCUACUCAACGACGAACUAAACGUUGAAAAUUUCAUACCCGUGCUGCAUCCCAGGUCGUCCCAACUGAUAGCACAAUACGACGAACAUGUUCUAGUAACCAAUUUCAAGUUCGGCGUGCUGUAUCAACAAUUCGGCCAGACAACGGAGGAGGAAUUGUUUUGCAACAGGGUCACGAGUCCGGCAUUUGAUGAUUUUUUGAGCCUAUUGGGUCAGAGGAUACAGCUCAAGGACCACAAAGGUUACAGGGGCGGGUUGGACAUUCAAAACGGACACACGGGAGAUACUGCCGUCUACGAGGUGUUUAAAGAACGAGAAAUCAUGUUUCACGUAUCGACACUGCUGCCGUACAGAGACAACGAUCCCCAACAGCUUCAGAGAAAGCGGCACAUAGGCAACGACAUAGUGGCGAUAAUUUUUCAAGAGGAAAAUACCCCGUUCUCGCCCGACAUGAUCGCGUCUCAUUUUCUCCACGCCUUCAUUGUUGUCCAAGUCAUAGAUCCGAAUACUUCGAACACUAGGUACAAAGUAAGUGUGACAGCGCGUGACGAUGUGCCCUUCUUUGGACCGACUCUUCCCACUCCUGCUAUAUUUCAUCACGGUGUCGAAUUUAAGGAGUUUUUGUUGACAAAGUUGGUGAACGCAGAAAACGCCUGUUACAAAGCAGAAAAGUUCGCUAAACUGGAGCUGAGAACCAGGACGUCCCUUUUGCAGACACUCACAGAUGAGCUCAAGGAAAAAACUGCAGAGUUUCUUGGAAGCAGCGCUACAAUAAUUCCUGGAACGCCCAAAGGUGACUCCGGCCCCGGCUCCCGCUUCAUCGACACGGUGAAGAAAGCAUGGAGCGCAGCCAAAGUUAAAUCAAGUCAGAGCGACAACAAUCUUGCACCAAACAAUCACGACAAAUUAUCGAAAAAGGCCAGUCAACCGACCAUAUCCGAGUCAACGCCAUCGAGUGGACGAUCUAUUUCUAAAUCAUCGAUUGUGUCCAAUGGCAAGAAAACCAGUAGUGUGGGAUCUGGUACAGGUAGCGGUAGGUCGUCGACGGCUUCGUCGCCAGAUCUCACGGCCCACGCACCUCCUUCAGGUUCCCAUCAGCCAGCACUUAGCGAAGCCAGCGACGACUCGUCUCUUACUUCGGAGGAUUUGGAGCAUCUCGCAGGAGGUUAUGUCGACAGCGACACUGGUCUCGAAUCGAUGUCUUCAGCUGAAACAGCCGCCAAGGCUUGCAGCGUCUGCCAAGACAGGCCCGGUAGCGAAACACCCGGAGGACGGGCAGAAACUGGACAAGACGCUUUGGUUCAAGAAGUAACCAGGUUAAAGUGCGACAAAUUAGAUUUGCUCAGGCAGAAUGUGAGUUGCCAGAGGGAUAUUAAGAGGCUGCGGGAGAAGGAGCUGAUUCUACAGGGUGAGCUGGCCCAGGCACACAAAGAGAUCAUGAGAUUGAGGGAGCUUCUCAAAGAUUAACACGGAAGCGCUGUAGGAAACGUAAUUAGAUCUCGGAUUUUGUAUCAGCAUUAAGACGCGAUGGAUUAAAGAGAUUUGGGCGUUUUCUCGACCUAAGGAAAAAGUAUCUGCAUCGGAUGAUUCGUAUUAUUUCUACGUUUGAAAGAAUUAUUUUUCAGGUACUGUCUAGCCAUUGGUAUUUAAAUUUCAUUUCAAACGGUCCUGCAAUGUCUAGGUAUAUGUCCAAACGUUAAAAAUUUGGGCACCGCCUUAAGUGCUCCAAAAUAAUCGCCCAAUGAGGUUUCUUGACAGGUUGCACACUUCUGAAAAUAAGAAAUUUAAAACUUUCGUCGAUUUUCAGAUUGGGUCAUUAUCAAUGCAGUGGUUAUGUUAAAGAUUUGGCGAACCUAGUUAGUUCACUAUUUAAUCCUGUGUUUACGUUGAAUUCUAAUUGACAGUUAAUUUCGAGUUAGGCAUAUACAAAAAAGGGCCUGAAAUCUUUAAUGGAAAUUUCUAAACCGCACAUGGUCUCCUUCAACGUUGCCCAGUGGUAGUCAAACCUUCAGCAUAAUUUCGAUAUUUUUUUUGUGCUCUUUAAAUUCGGUGUUUUAAAAAUUUCAGAAUAAAAAAUCCCGUAUUCAAUUCAAGAAAACGUUUCGAGUUAUAACGCAUACAAUGCGACGAUACCACUGAAGUAAAUACAGUUUUUAUUUUCAAGGGUUCAGCUACGAUAUGCAAGACAUCUAUCGCAUUGUUCCAAAGUCUUGUAAAUCUUUUUUUUUUCAAUUAGGGCAAGUGAUUCGUUUCGAAGGAUCGAUAAAGAUCGAGAUUUCAGUAUUUAUAAUCAGCACGGGAUACUUCUUCCACUUUAGCACAAAUACAAUCAAAUUAGAUGUAGUUAAUGGUUUUAUCCACGUCUUUAGCAAAGAAAAAUUGAUGUGUAUAAUACGAGAUGUAGAUUAAAAUAACACAUUUGUGGAAUAAGUGUCGCACGUCAGUUAUUAUGCAUCACGUUUUUCUGAAUACAACCUGUUGUGUGUUUGUGAUAUUUUCUCUUUUUUUUGUACAUUCGAAAAGGGUUAUGAAGGUGGCUUAAUUUAAUACUUCAAAAAGGGAAUGCCGGUACAAAUACGGAAAUUAAGCAACUUUCGAAAGGUCCUUUCAGUUAAUUUUCGCUACUGUUUAGAUUUAGAUAUUUAUUAAUAUAUCCUGUAUAUUAUUUAAAUUUACCACUUUACCAACCUAAUUAUACCAAAGUUAACAUUCCCCAAAAAUUCUGUUUCAGAAAGUCUAUUUACUAAGUGUAUAUAACAAAGUAUUUAUUAAAAAUGUAAGUCCUUUUGCAUUUUAAGUGGAAAAAAAUAAAGAGAAUAGCCAUUUGAGCAGAUUAUUAUCAUUUAUACUUUGUUUAUAAUAUAUUAUAAGUUUUUUUUGUACAACUGCAAUAUGUAUUACUAAAGUUUUAGUAUUAAAGAUUUAUGUUUCGUUUAGGUUAAGUUUUUUGCACUUGUAAAUAAUUUAAUUAAGUUCCGUUCUGUUCAGAAAAACGUCUUUACUCUCUAAACAAAAUAUGGCCUUCUCUACGUUAUAUGGUAGAAUUACACUAUUAUGCUUCGUUGACAUCUUGAAAAUCUUUAGAAUUAUAGGUGUACCUAUAGUUUAGAGAACGUUUCUGUAACCUAUGUACCCCUUCGAUGUAAAACGCUUUUACGUUAUACGUUGAAAAUAACUUUUGUGUAAUAUCUGAAUUUCUUUGUAUGAGUAAAUUUUUUUUGAUACAUUUUCCUUUUUUAUUUUGUUCUUUUUGUGCUUAAAUCCUAAUAAAUUACUUGCAAAGUAAUUGAUAGUGACGU